UUAUUUUGUAAUCAAUAUUUUUACACAUGUUGUAUAACGAGAUCACCGAGCUGACCGUCGCAGGGUUAAAAGAAAAGUUAAAAGAGCUGAAUUUAAGUGUAAAAGGCAACAAACCUGAAUUAAUAGAGAGAUUAAUUUCAUAUUUUGAUUUAGACACGAACGAGGAAUCCUUAUAUUCAGAAGCUAAUACCAGUAAUCAAGGCGAAGUUGAAGAAGUUGAGAGAGAAGUGACAAUGGCGUUCACAUUAAAAGAUAUUCGUGAUUCGUUGACAGAGUUUGAUGGGAGCAACAAAAAGGAUGUAUUAGAAUGGCUUUCAGACUUUGAGGGUACUGCUGUAACAGUACAAUGGAAUGAUCUUCAGAAAUUUAUCUAUGGUAGACAGCUGUUGACAGGAGCGGCUAAGUUGUUCGUAAAUAGUCAAGAGGGUCUAACAAGUUGGGGUAGACUUAAGAGCGCGCUACAGGAUGAGUUUACUGUUAAAUUGUCGGCAAAAGAAGUUCACAAGCAAUUAGAGAGUAGAAAGAAGAAAUACAACGAGAGUCUGGUUGAGUACUUUUAUCUAAUGAAGAGUAUAGCCAAAAGAGGCAGCUUAGAUGAGGAAAGCAUUGUCGAAUACAUCAUUGAGGGUAUCCCUGACUCUAAAAUGAAUAAAAGCGUUCUUUACCAAGCGAGAGAUUUGAAGGAAUUACGAGAGAAACUAACGAUGUACGAGAAAUAUGCUUCCAACCAAUAGUCUAA